GGUCACGGACCAUCGGACCGUAGCACCCGGACGAAAAUUCCAAACCUCCCACGGCCUGUCCCCGUUUUUUCCAGCACUCGUGAUGUCGCGGCCAGAACUACAAGCCCAACCAGAGAUUUACUAUGGCGACGUGGAAGCAAAAAAAUACACGAAAAAUACACGGAAUCAGCAAAUCCAGGCUGACAUGACAUACCGAGCACUGGAAUUACUGAAUCUUCCACCUGAUGAGCCGGCAAUGUUGUUGGACAUAGGAUGCGGGUCCGGGUUGUCUGGCGAGAUUCUUGACGAAGAGGGAUACAUAUGGACGGGUGUCGAUAUCGCUCCCAGUAUGCUUGAGGUCGCCCUUGAACGAGAAGUCGAAGGCGACCUCUUUUUGCAGGACAUUGGUCAGGGCUUUGGAUUCAGACCAGGGAGCUUUGACGGUGCUAUCAGUGUCUCUGUCUUGCAAUGGUUAUUAAACGCAGAAACAUCCCAUCCGACGUCCGCCCCACCUCAUCGACUCAACAGGUUCUUCACCACACUCCAUUCAGCUCUGCGGAAUCCUUCACGCGCAGUCUUUCAAUUUUACCCAUCCUCUGAUGACCAGAUUCAACUCAUCUCGUCGAUAGCCCAGAAGGCUGGAUUUGGUGGUGGUAUAGUCGUAGACUACCCGAAUUCAAAGAAAGCCAAAAAGGUUUUCUUAUGUCUGUUUGUCGGUGGAGGGGGUUCUCAGCAGGUACCACAAGGACUCGAUGGAGAGGUAGAGGAGGACGGAAAGGCACGGUUUGAACGGCGAAGGGAGCGGGAAAAGACCAGGUCAAAAAGCGGAAAGAGGAAACCUAUCAAGGGUAGGGAUUGGAUAUUGAAAAAGAAGGAGCUAUAUCGAAAACGCGGUAAGGAGAGCGUUCCUCACGACUCGAAGUUUACAGGUCGGAAACGGAAACCAGUUUUUUGACAGUAUUCCUUUAUAUUUGUUGUACGCUUAGACAUGGCU